AUGACUAAUAAUACAAAACCAAAAUGUGGUAUAAUUGUUCUCACAGAUAAAAUUGACAUUGCUUUUGUCCCAAGCUUAACUACGCAAAGGAUUACUACUGCAGCGAUUAAGAAAAACCCACAGCUCUACAUUAUCAGAGCAUACUUUGCGCCUGAUGAAAAUGACAAAGAUUGCAUUAGGGAGUUAGAGGAUACUACUAGACAACUCAACAGUAAGAACUUCAUUCUGGUUGGUGACAUUAACGCCAAAUCGCCUAGUUUGCACCACAUCAGAGAGGAUAACAGAGGACAACUUAUGGGCAGUUUCAUGGACAGCCACGAUCUAUACUCGGCCAAUACUACUAAUCAUCCCACCUUCUUUACAGCACACGCGGAGUGCUGGAGCAACGUUUUUCUGGCUCCAACAACAUUAAGCAAUAAAAUUAUUUUAUGUGAAACCCUAUUGGAUGAUUCAGCUAGUGAUCAUCGCUAUAUCUUGGCUGAAAUUAUUAGUGACGAGAAUGCUGAAAACAAUUGUGGUCUCACUAGGAGAACGAACUGGGAACUGUUUUGCCAGAUUUUUUCUGCCUCAUGGAGGAACUAUAAUUUUGCAGAAUUUCAGAACGAAGAGGACAUAAAUCACUACGCUAAUUAUAUCACAGAAUCACUACAAAAGGCUGAAAAAUUAUCGACAAGUAUAACUAAAACUAAUAAGAUAAAAACAAAUUGGUGGACAGAUGACCUGACUGCCCAACAACAUAAGAUCAGAAAGAUUAGAAGGAAAAUGAUUAAAGCCACUGAUGAUAAUCUUAAAACUUUCUAUGAGGAAGAAUACAAAAAAGAAUUAAAAAUAUAUAAAAGAUAG